UCAUGGUUGCUGGAAAUUACAAUUUAAAAUGCAAUAAGAAUUUAGAAACUUGUCCGGCAGGACAUGAAAUGAGAGAAUGUGUCGAGGGACGACACUGUGUACAAUGUGAAGACACAUCUUACCAACCAAACAGUAACAAAUAUGGCGAUAAAUGUCGUCUAAGGAAGGUAUGUACACAACGUUUCAUGAAAUAUCAGCACCAUGGGAGUACCGUUCGAGACGCCGAUUGUAUGUGCUUUGAAGGAUACCACUUUGAAAAUGAGGACCAGAGGGCCUGCGUGCCCAACAGAGAAUGUGAUAAAGGUUAUGGGCAAGGACCCUAUGGUGUGUGUGAAAAUUGUCUUGCUAAAAAUAUGUAUUCAGAUGUAAAGGACAGAUUACAAGCAUGUAAACCAUUAAAAAAUUGUGAAAAGGUAUCUCGAUGUACAUUGAAGAAGAGUAACGGGACAUUUGACAAUGUCUGUGGACCUGUGAUGGAUGAUAUUGUCAACUGUGACAACUUGACAACAGAGAAGCCGAAAGUGGAAGAAUCUAGUAAUACGGCAAUCAUCGUUGGCUGUGUGAGUGUCUUAUUGUUUGUCGGGGUGAUAGUUGCAUUGUGUUAUUACUUUUGCUUCCAUCGACCGAGGUCACGCAGUCACAAGAAGCGGGCACCCACCCAGGAGGAGCUCGACGCCGUCGUCUCUCAGGUGAUAGAGAACGCGAAAAAAGAUGAAAAAUAUUGCAAACAAGCCUUAAAUACAUCUUGUACAAUUAUCGAGAACAAUAUAGGUCGACAGAUCUGGAGUUUACCACAAGAAUUGUUCCGUAAGCACUUCCAAGCUGGGAAAUAUGAAGUUAUAGUGGAAAAAUAUAAAGGGGAUCAACCUAAAGCGGCUGUGAAUGGCUACUUCAGAGAGUGGCGGAGUUGGAAAGAAGACAAAGCCGAGACAAUCACCGAUCUAUUCACAUGUCUAAAGACAUGUAAUCGAAUCGAUAUCGUCUACAUGAUAGCCACAAAGUUAAAUGAAAUCGACUCCCUCGAUGUUCCUGAGAAACUGUCUGACAAGGAAGACAGUCUACAGAAACAGAAGCCGUCCUACAUGGGUAGCCUGUUGUACAGCGUGUUUCCUUGUCUCGGCAAGAAGCGUCGCUACCCGUCGGAAGAGAAGGCCUCCGAGAAACCCGAAACCAUGAACAGGCUUUUGGACACGGAAAGCGGAGCGGAGCUGCAACACCAGACGCAACAGCCAGGGCUUCCACCGUUAGCAGCAGCAACAGAAGCACCGGAUGCACAACAGACGCUAAGUACAGCUGUCAUCAUACCACCGCAUGCACCGGUAAACUGCACGCCUUACCGUGCGUCUGCACCAAGUGCACCGAUCUUAGAGGACUUUGAACUUCAACAGCAGCAGCAACAACAGACUCUCUCUCAUCAUCCUCACUCGUCUUAUCCACAGCCACCACCACCACAGCAGAGUCUACAACAGCAGCAACAACAACAACAGAACCAGCUUCAUAGGCAGCAUCUUCCUACCCAUCAUCAUCACCACGCAGCAUAACACAGCGUGCAAAGAACAUGUCAUAUAUAGUCAGUGAUGACCAGACAAACAGACAGACAGACACACAAAACUUUCUUCCCCUGCCACCACCACCACCACCCCAAGACUCAGAAGUGAAUAAAUACACACACAUAUAUACACAUAUAUAUACAUAUAUAUAUAUAUAUAGAUAUAUAUAUAACAAAAUUUUAAAAAAAAGAUAUUUUGGAAAAAGAUGAGCAGCCCUUCCUCUGUUUUUCUCUCUCUCCCUUGUAAAGCUAUCUCUGUCUUCUCUUAAACACACACACACACACACUCUUCCAUACCUACAUAAUCUUGUACCCCUUGCUAAACUUUACUAAAGACUACCACCACUACUAUCACUGCGCUACAUCCAAUACUAUGACAUAGAACCACUGCCUGUGUUAACCACAAAACUAUAUAGCCAAAUAUUAACACUACCAAAAAAACUACAGACAGCCACUAUCACUACUACCAUCGCUGUAGCCUAUACUACAAAAAAAAAUCACUUAUAAACUACAACCACAACAUCAUCAAAACGACCAUCACCACUAAAACAACUGCCAAUACUACCACUAAAUAUCAGCUACUACAACCAAAACAGUUGCUACCACUGUAACCACCACCACCAUGGGAACUACCACCAAUACUGAUAGGACAAAUCCACAAAUACUACCGCCACAAUCAGCAACACAAUAACAGCUAUGGUAAUGAUGCUGUCACAACUGUAGCCUAUACCACCAUCACUACCACUACAUACCACAACAAUCACCUCUACUACUAUUUCUACUACCGCCAAUACAGUGAAAAAAUACCAAGCCAGUGGAUAAUCUCUUAAAAGGAAAACUAAAGAGAAAUAAGGGUCAUUCCUUCAAAUUGGGAUCACUCCUUAAUCCCCAUAUUUGAAAUAUAUUUGUUUUUUGGUUGUUUUUUGUUUU